AUGAUUUCACAACGCAUUCUUCGCCUAUCUAUCUACCACUACUUCAAUCCGGACAAACCGGAGUCUGAGGUAUACGAGUUUGCCACAAACGACCAUGCAGUCAAAGCAGUCAAAAUCCACCAGCAGCAUGGUCUUUUGGGAUAUUCUCUGGUAAGCUAUGAUACCCUUUCAGCUUUUGUUCGCUACGGGGCUUUGUCCAAUGGUAACUCAUCAUUGAACAUUCAGGUUUACGCUCCCAAGAGGGCCCAAAAGCUGCUUUUCGACUGGAAAGAAAAGUUCAACCGAAAUUGGGUGCUCGAAGACUACGACGCCGCGGUUGAGUUCUACUUCAAGGAUUUCGAUAGCAUGAAUGCGAUUGCGCAAGACCCUGGAUUCCAUCGACUCCAACAAGAGGAACUUCCGUUUAUUGAUCAGAAUCGGCCCCCAAAGGCAACAUUCGGCUGGGUGGAAGCGUAUAUUGUUGAUGGAAAAAUCGUUAACAUCAAGGACGACCGGUCAACAUUUCCGCCGUUUAAACAGCUAGCUGACAUUGUUUACCCGGGAGUUUCGGAGUGA